UGCGUCCCGGCUCGGAGCCCGCGAACCGGACGAGGAGGAAGGCGCCGCCGUGGCCGCGGCCGCAGUGCCCCGGGCGCCACUCGCCCCGAGCAGCGGCCCCGCCGACGACCCCGCUGCCGCCGGCCGCCGCUGAGCCCGCCCGGGAGACCGCUCGCCGCUCCCCAGCGCCCUCCCCGCCGGCACCCUCGCGCCCAGAGAAACAUGAUUCCGGUGACAGAGUUCCGGCAGUUCUCUGAGCAGCAGCCUGCCUUCCGUGUGCUGAAACCAUGGUGGGAUGUGUUUACCGACUACCUUUCGGUAGCUAUGCUGAUGAUCGGUGUGUUCGGAUGUACUCUGCAGGUCAUGCAAGACAAGAUCAUCUGCCUUCCAAAAAGAGUCCAGCCUUCUCAGAACCACUCUUCCGUUUCAAAUGUCUCUCAGGCAGUUGCCAGCACCACCCCACUGCCUCCCCCUAAACCGUCUCCUACUAACCCCGCCACCGUGGAAAUGAAAGGGCUGAAGACAGAUUUGGACCUUCAGCAGUACAGUUUCAUAAACCAGAUGUGUUACGAGCGAGCCCUCCACUGGUAUGCCAAGUAUUUCCCUUACCUUGUGCUCAUCCACACCCUGGUCUUCAUGCUCUGCAGCAACUUUUGGUUCAAAUUCCCCGGCUCCAGCUCCAAGAUAGAACAUUUCAUCUCAAUCCUGGGCAAGUGUUUUGACUCUCCGUGGACCACUCGGGCUUUGUCCGAAGUAUCUGGGGAGGACUCGGAGGAAAAGGACAACAGGAAGAACAACAUAAGCAGGUCCAACACCAUCCAGUCCGGUCCGGAAGGCAGCCUGGUCAACUCUCAGUCACUCAAGUCAAUUCCCGAGAAGUUUGUGGUGGACAAGUCCACCGCGGGAGCACUGGAUAAGAAGGAAGGUGAGCAAGCCAAGGCCUUAUUUGAGAAGGUGAAGAAGUUCAGGCUGCACGUGGAAGAAGGUGAUAUCCUAUAUGCUAUGUAUGUUCGCCAGACUGUACUGAAGGUUAUAAAGUUCCUGAUCAUCAUUGCCUAUAAUAGCGCCCUGGUUUCCAAAGUUCAAUUUACAGUGGACUGUAAUGUGGACAUUCAGGACAUGACUGGCUAUAAAAACUUUUCUUGUAAUCAUACCAUGGCACAUCUGUUCUCAAAACUGUCCUUUUGCUAUCUGUGUUUUGUGAGUAUCUACGGACUGACGUGCCUUUAUACCCUAUAUUGGCUCUUCUAUCGUUCUCUACGGGAAUACUCUUUUGAGUAUGUCCGGCAGGAGACUGGAAUCGAUGAUAUUCCCGAUGUGAAAAAUGACUUUGCUUUUAUGCUUCAUAUGAUAGAUCAGUAUGACCCCCUGUAUUCCAAGAGGUUUGCGGUGUUCCUGUCUGAAGUGAGCGAGAACAAAUUAAAGCAGCUGAACUUAAAUAACGAGUGGACACCUGACAAACUGAGGCAGAAGCUCCAGACGAAUGCCCAUAACCGGCUGGAAUUACCCCUCAUCAUGCUCUCUGGGCUUCCAGACACGGUGUUUGAAAUCACAGAGUUGCAGUCUUUAAAGCUCGAAAUCAUUAAGAACGUCAUGAUCCCAGCCACCAUCGCGCAGCUAGACAAUCUCCAAGAGCUCUCGCUACACCAGUGCUCAGUCAAAAUCCACAGCGCGGCGCUCUCUUUCCUGAAGGAGAACCUCAAGGUCUUGAGCGUCAAGUUUGAUGACAUGAGGGAGCUGCCCCCCUGGAUGUAUGGGCUCCGGAAUCUGGAAGAGCUCUACCUGGUUGGCUCUCUAAGUCACGAUAUUUCCAAAAAUGUCACUCUUGAGUCUCUGCGGGAUCUCAAAAGCCUUAAAAUCCUCUCUAUCAAAAGCAACGUUUCCAAAAUCCCUCAGGCCGUGGUGGACGUUUCCAGCCACCUCCAGAAGAUGUGCAUACAUAACGAUGGCACCAAGCUGGUGAUGCUCAACAACUUAAAGAAGAUGACCAAUCUGACGGAGCUGGAGCUGGUCCACUGCGACCUGGAGCGCAUCCCCCACGCCGUGUUUAGUCUGCUCAGCCUCCAGGAAUUGGACCUCAAAGAAAACAAUCUGAAAUCCAUAGAAGAAAUCGUUAGCUUCCAGCACUUGAGAAAGCUGACAGUGCUCAAACUGUGGCACAAUAGCAUCACCUACAUCCCAGAGCACAUCAAGAAGCUCACCAGCCUGGAGCGCCUGGCCUUCAGUCACAACAAAAUAGAGGUGCUCCCUUCCCACCUCUUCCUGUGCAACAAAAUCCGCUACUUGGACUUAUCCUACAACGACAUUCGGUUUAUCCCACCUGAAAUCGGAGUUCUGCAGAGUUUACAGUACUUCUCCAUCACCUGUAAUAAAGUAGAGAGCCUUCCAGAUGAACUCUACUUCUGCAAGAAACUGAAAACUCUGAAGAUUGGGAAGAACAGCCUAUCCGUACUCUCACCGAAAAUUGGAAAUUUGUUAUUUCUUUCCUACUUAGACGUUAAAGGCAAUCACUUUGAAAUCCUCCCACCCGAACUGGGUGACUGCCGGGCUCUCAAGCGAGCCGGGUUAGUUGUCGAAGACGCUCUGUUUGAAACUCUGCCUUCUGACGUCCGGGAGCAAAUGAAAGCAGAAUAACUUAUUUUUCUUUAAAGCUUGACUGACACGUGCUUCUACCAAAUACAGUAUCGAUAAUUAGGUAGUCUUAAUGCCUUUCCUAUUUUAUUUUUAUUUUUUUUCUCUUUCACACAAAACAAAAUGUACACAGAGAUUGAGCAAGGAGU